AUGGGGGCGGGGAGAAGGCCGCCUGGGCCGGAACAAAAGCCGGAUCCCGGGCGGCUUCGGGUGGCUGGAGCGCUCCUAGUAGUGGGGCUGAGUUGGGCCUGUGGAGGGAGUGGCGCGCACAGACUUUCGCAGGGAGGUAAAGUAGGUCCCUCUGCAGCCAUGUCGGCCAAGGCAAUUUCAGAGCAGACGGGCAAAGAACUCCUUUACAAGUUCAUCUGCACCACCUCAGCCAUCCAGAAUCGAUUCAAGUAUGCCCGGGUCACCCCUGACACAGACUGGGCCCGCUUACUACAGGACCACCCAUGGCUGCUCAGCCAGAGCUUGGUAGUCAAGCCAGACCAGCUGAUCAAAAGGCGUGGAAAACUUGGCCUAGUUGGGGUCAACCUCACUUUGGAUGGAGUCAAGUCCUGGUUGAAGCCACGGCUGGGACAGGAGGCCACAGUUGGCAAGGCCAAAGGCUUCCUCAAGAACUUUCUGAUUGAACCCUUUGUCCCCCACAGUCAGGCGGAAGAGUUCUAUGUCUGUAUCUAUGCCACUCGAGAAGGGGACUACGUCCUGUUCCACCAUGAAGGAGGAGUGGACGUGGGUGAUGUGGAUGCCAAAGCCCAGAAGCUGCUUGUAGGUGUGGACGAGAAGCUGAAUCCUGAGGACAUCAAGAAACACCUGUUGGUCCACGCCCCUGCAGAUAAGAAAGAAAUUCUGGCCAGUUUCAUCUCCGGCCUCUUCAAUUUCUACGAGGACCUGUAUUUCACCUACCUUGAGAUCAACCCCCUCGUUGUGACCAAAGAUGGCGUCUAUGUCCUUGACUUGGCAGCUAAGGUGGAUGCCACUGCUGACUACAUCUGCAAAGUGAAGUGGGGUGACAUAGAGUUUCCUCCCCCCUUUGGGCGGGAGGCAUAUCCUGAGGAAGCCUACAUUGCAGACCUGGAUGCCAAAAGCGGGGCAAGCCUGAAGUUGACCUUGCUGAACCCCAAAGGGAGAAUCUGGACCAUGGUGGCUGGAGGUGGCGCCUCUGUCGUGUACAGUGAUACCAUCUGUGAUCUAGGGGGUGUCAAUGAGCUGGCAAACUAUGGGGAAUAUUCGGGUGCCCCCAGCGAGCAGCAGACCUAUGACUACGCCAAGACAAUCCUCUCCCUCAUGACCCGUGAGAAGCACCCAGAUGGCAAGAUCCUCAUCAUCGGAGGCAGCAUUGCAAACUUCACCAACGUGGCUGCCACAUUUAAGGGCAUUGUGAGAGCAAUUCGAGAUUACCAGGGCCCCCUGAAGGAACAUGAGGUCACGAUCUUUGUCCGAAGAGGUGGACCCAACUAUCAGGAGGGCUUACGGGUGAUGGGAGAAGUUGGGAAGACAACUGGGAUCCCUAUCCACGUCUUUGGCACAGAGACUCACAUGACAGCCAUCGUGGGCAUGGCCCUGGGUCACCGGCCUAUCCCCAAUCAGCCACCCACAGCCGCCCAUACUGCAAACUUCCUUCUCAACGCCAGUGGGAGCACGUCGACGCCAGCCCCCAGCAGGACAGCAUCUUUUUCUGAGUCCAGGGCUGAUGAGGUGGCACCUGCAAAGAAGGCCAAGCCUGCCAUGCCACAAGAUUCAGUCCCAAGUCCAAGAUCCCUGCAAGGAAAGAGCGCCACCCUCUUCAGUUGUCACACCAAGGCCAUUGUGUGGGGCAUGCAGACCCGGGCAGUGCAAGGCAUGCUGGACUUUGACUACGUCUGCUCCCGAGACGAGCCCUCGGUGGCCGCCAUGGUCUACCCUUUCACUGGGGACCACAAGCAGAAGUUUUAUUGGGGACACAAGGAGAUUCUGAUUCCUGUCUUCAAGAACAUGGCUGAUGCCAUGAGGAAGCAUCCUGAGGUGGAUGUGCUGAUCAACUUUGCUUCUCUCCGGUCUGCAUAUGACAGUACCAUGGAGACCAUGAAUUAUGCUCAGAUCCGGACCAUUGCCAUCAUAGCUGAAGGCAUCCCAGAGGCCCUUACAAGGAAGCUGAUCAAGAAGGCAGACCAGAAGGGGGUGACCAUCAUUGGACCAGCCACUGUUGGAGGCAUCAAGCCUGGGUGCUUUAAGAUUGGGAACACUGGUGGGAUGCUGGACAACAUCCUGGCCUCUAAGCUGUACCGCCCAGGCAGUGUGGCCUACGUCUCCCGUUCUGGAGGCAUGUCCAAUGAGCUCAACAAUAUCAUCUCUCGGACCACAGAUGGCGUCUACGAGGGCGUGGCCAUUGGCGGGGACAGGCUUGAGGGCUUUCUCUUAUUCCCCAUUCCUUGGCAGAUAGGAGGCACUGAGGAAUACAAGAUUUGCCGGGGCAUCAAGGAGGGCCGAAUCACCAAGCCUGUCGUCUGCUGGUGCAUUGGGACCUGUGCCACCAUGUUCUCCUCUGAGGUCCAGUUUGGCCACGCUGGAGCUUGUGCCAACCAGGCUUCUGAGACUGCAGUAGCCAAGAACCAGGCUUUGAAGGAAGCAGGAGUGUUUGUGCCACGGAGCUUUGAUGAACUUGGAGAAAUCAUUCAGUCUGUGUAUGAAGAUCUCGUGGCCAAAGGAGUCAUCGUGCCUGCCCAGGAGGUGCCGCCCCCAACAGUGCCCAUGGACUACUCCUGGGCCCGGGUAGGUGCCUUGCAUGUUCCUAACAGCGUGGAAAAGAGUGACCCGGUAUUGGGUAAGGUAGUGGCUUUGAGGAGGAGGGUGGAAGUAGGAGUGUGGCCUUGUCUCCUGGCCUUUGUUCCACCUAUUCUUGCCCCUCACCCACCUUCCUCUAGGUUACCCAAAUACUCUUGCCAGUUCAUUGAGAUGUGUCUGAUGGUGACAGCUGAUCAUGGACCAGCCGUCUCUGGGGCUCACAACACCAUCAUCUGUGCCCGAGCUGGGAAGGACCUGGUCUCCAGCCUUACCUCAGGGCUGCUCACCAUUGGGGAUCGGUUUGGAGGUGCCUUGGAUGCAGCAGCCAAGAUGUUCAGUAAAGCCUUUGACAGUGGCAUUAUCCCCAUGGAGUUUGUGAACAAGAUGAAGAAGGAAGGGAAACUCAUCAUGGGCAUUGGUCACCGAGUGAAAUCGAUAAACAACCCAGACAUGCGAGUGCAGAUCCUCAAAGAUUAUGUCAAACAGCAUUUCCCUGCCACCCCUCUGCUUGAUUACGCACUGGAAGUGGAGAAAAUUACCACCUCAAAGAAACCAAAUCUCAUCCUGAAUGUAGAUGGUUUCAUUGGAGUUGCAUUUGUAGACAUGCUUAGACACUGUGGGUCCUUCACUCGGGAGGAAGCUGAUGAAUAUAUUGACAUUGGAGCCCUCAAUGGCAUCUUUGUGCUAGGAAGGAGUAUGGGCUUCAUUGGACACUAUCUUGAUCAGAAGAGGCUGAAGCAGGGACUGUAUCGUCAUCCGUGGGAUGAUAUUUCCUAUGUUCUUCCAGAACACAUGAGCAUGUAACUGAGCCAGGAACCCUGCUGGAGUAAACUGAAAACAAGAACUCCUUUUUCUCCCCACCCCACCCCCUGGAAAAAGUGUGCAGACAGCUGGCAGUGAAGCCUGCUAUAGGACGGGCCUGGAAUGUAGACAGCCCCUGGUGUACAGGCACCCAGGCCAACACCCAGAGGCUAACACUUGUUUGGUCUACACAGAGAAGCUUAAUAUUUUUUUUAUAAGCAUAGAAAUAAAAACCAAUACUUGUGACAUUUGCUCUGCUACCUGCUAUAUAUUUAUUAUAUGGAAGCAUCUAAGCACUGUCAGGAUAAUGUUCUUCCUCAUUGUAGGGUGUGAUGAUGUUGCUUUCUUUUUUCAUUAGUUAAUUUUUUUUUUCCCUUGGAGGAAGGGAAUGAAAUUUUUAAGACCUCAAGAUACUAUACAUUUAAAGCACCCCUCAUGUCUUGUUUCUCCACUUCUCUUUCUUUCUUCUUAUACAACAUGAAGAACAUUGUAUUAAUCUGAUUUUUAAGGAUCUCUUUUGUAUGUUAUGUGUUAAGGGUUUGGCAUCCCACUGAGACGUUACAUGUCGCAGAUCAAAGUCUGCUUAUGUCUGGGGGAUGUGACCAUUAUAUCCUUAAACCAUUGUCACAAAAUACGUGGAGUAGUAAUUUAAAAUGUAAAGUUGGAACAUACAUAUGUUUAAAAUGGAAACACAAAGAAAAAAGCUGUGAAAUGUCUUGUGUCUUAUGUUCUCUGUAUUCAUGCAGCUGAUUUGUCUGUCUGUAACUGAAGUGUGGGUCUAAGGGUUCGUCUCCAGCUACUUUGCAUCUGUAAUCCACAAAGAUUCUGGGCAGCUGCCACCUCAGUCUCUUCUCUGUAUUAUCAUAAUUUGGUUUAAAUAAACUAUAUAGUAACAAUGAAGGCAUA